GAGGCUGGAGGAGGGGCGGGCCCGGCGCGGCUGCCCGGCCGGCUGCUGGAGGCCCGGGGCCGGGCCCGCGCCGCGAUGGCCCUGGUGACCCUGCAGCGCUCUCCCACGCCCAGCGCCGCAUCGUCCUCCGCCAGCAACAGCGAGUUGGAGGCUGGCAGUGAUGAGGAACGGAAGUUGAACCUCAGCUUGAGCGAGAGCUUUUUCAUGGUGAAAGGAGCGGCGCUCUUCCUGCAGCAGGGGAACAGCGCUCAGGGCCAGCGGAGUCUUCAGCAUCCUCACAAGCAUGCAGGUGAUCUGCCUCAGCACCUUCAAGUGAUGAUCAACCUCCUACGCUGUGAAGACAGAAUCAAGCUGGCCGUGCGCCUUGAGAGCGUCUGGACCGACCGUGUCCGCUACAUGGUUGUGGUGUACACCAGCGGGCGCCAGGACACUGAGGAGAACAUUUUGCUGGGAGUUGACUUUUCCAGUAAGGAGAGCAAAAGCUGCACCAUUGGGAUGGUUCUUCGGCUGUGGAGCGACACCAAGAUCCACCUUGAUGGGGAUGGCGGGUUCAGUGUGAGCACAGCCGGCAGGAUGCACGUCUUCAAGCCCGUGUCUGUCCAGGCCAUGUGGUCUGCCCUCCAAGUGCUUCACAAGGCCUGUGAAGUGGCACGGAGGCACAACUACUUCCCUGGUGGGGUGGCGCUCAUCUGGGCCACCUACUAUGAGAGCUGCAUCGGCUCUGAGCAGAGCUGCAUCAAUGAGUGGAACGCCAUGCAGGAUCUGGAGUCCACGAGACCCGACUCCCCAGCCCUGUUUGUGGACAAGCCAACUGAAGGGGAAAGAACUGAGCGUCUCAUUAAAGCCAAGCUCCGGAGCAUCAUGAUGAGCCAGGACCUUGAAAAUGUGACUUCUAAGGAAAUCCGCAAUGAGCUGGAGAAGCAAAUGAACUGCAACCUGAAAGAAUUCAAGGAGUUCAUCGAUAAUGAGAUGUUGCUCAUCUUGGGCCAGAUGGACAAGCCUUCCCUUAUCUUCGACCAUCUUUAUCUUGGUUCCGAGUGGAAUGCAUCCAAUCUGGAAGAGCUGCAGGGCUCAGGGGUUGACUACAUUUUAAAUGUCACUAGAGAAAUAGACAAUUUUUUCCCUGGCUUAUUUGCAUACCAUAACAUCCGAGUCUAUGAUGAGGAGACCACGGACCUCCUCGCCCACUGGAACGAAGCCUAUCAUUUUAUAAACAAAGCGAAAAGAAAUCAUUCCAAGUGCCUGGUCCAUUGCAAAAUGGGCGUUAGCCGGUCUGCAUCCACGGUCAUAGCCUAUGCGAUGAAGGAAUUUGGGUGGCCCCUGGAGAAAGCGUAUAACUAUGUGAAGGAGAAGCGUAGCAUCACGCGGCCCAACGCAGGCUUUAUGAGGCAGCUGUCUGAGUAUGAAGGCAUCCUGGAUGCAAGUAAGCAGCGGCACAACAAGCUGUGGCGCCAGCAGCCUGCAGAUGACCCUGCAGCAGAGCCCAGCGAGCUCUUGCCAGAGACCCUGGAUGAUGCCCUGGACACCCGGCUGCCGUGCUUGGAUGACACCACCCAGCCCGGGCUUGCAGGAAGCCAGGCCCCAGGAGGACCCUCUCUCCCUUGUUGUUUCCGAAGACUCUCAGAUCCCCUCCUCCUCCCUCACCACGAUGCCGCGGGCAGCCUGGUCCACCUAGAGGAUCUGGAGCGGGAUGCUCUGCUGGAGGACGCCGCUCAGCCGGUGGAGGUGCACAAACUGGUCCAGCAUUCCCAAGAAGGAGCCAGGCACUGUGAGAAGGACGUAAAGAGGAAGCUAGACUUCGGGAGCCCCAAAGCCCGUGGUGGCUCCUUGCCACAGGCGGGGGAGAUGGAGAAGAAGUGUGACCAGAGAGCUGGGAGGUGGAGGCGGGCCUCCACCCAGCUCGACCAGGAAAACCUAAACAAUAACAACAGCAAGAGGAGCUGCCCCGAUGACUUCGAGCACGAUGCUGUGUUUGGAAUCCUCAGUAAAGUGAAGCCUUCCUACACAUCCUGUGCUGACUGCAUGUACCCUGCUGGCGGGGCUCCUGAGGCCUCCACAGAACGGCACGAAGACCCCAGUGCUCCCGCCAUCUGCACCCAGCCAGCCUUCCUGCCCCAUGGCGCAUCUUCCCCGAUGGCCCACACGAGCUGCAGGUCCCAAGCUCCAGAGAGGCUGGCCUCUGGUCCAGCCAAUGCUCCUCCAUUCCUACUACCAGCAGGCUCAAGGAAGCCAGACAUCAGUGGCUCUGGUACUGGGGCUUCCCCAGAACCACCAGCAAGCCUUCUAGAGCCUUCCAGAGAAACCUCAAAAGUCCUUCCAAAGUCCCUCCUGUUGAAGAAUUCUCACUGUGAUAAGAACACCGCCUACAUGGAAGCAAUGAAGGAAGAAUUGUCAACUAAGAAAGAAACGAAGCCAGCUAAGGACCUGAGGCUUCUGUUCAGUAAUGAGGCAGAGAAGCCGAGCACCAAUAGUUACCUGAUGCAGCAUCAGGAGUCCAUCAUCCAGCUGCAGAAGGCGGGCCUGGUUCGAAAGCACACCAAAGAACUAGAGAGGUUGAAGAGCCUGCCUUCAGACCUACCGUCUACCUGCAGGGACAGUGCCACCAGCAGGCUGGAGGCUAGCAUCCCUGAGGAGGGCCAGGAGCCUGGACACCUAGCCCUGUGCAGCCAAGCGGGGGCUGACGAGAAACCUCCAGAAGGAGCCUUGGUGAAGAGCCCGACUCCUACCCUCCUCCGCCUAGAUCACACCAGUAACUUCUCAAAAGACUUCCUGAAGACCGUGUGCUACACCCCCACCUCCUCCUCCAUGAGUUCCAACCUGACCCGGAGCUCCAGCAGCGACAGCAUCCACAGUAUCCGAGGAAAGCCAGGCCUGGUGAAGCAGCGGGCGCAGGAGAUCGAGACGCGACUCCGGCUGGCGGGUCUCACUGUGUCAUCCCCACUGAAACGUUCCCACUCCCUCGCCAAGCUGGGAAGUCUCAACUUCUCCACGGAGGACCUGUCCAGUGAGGCUGACACGUCCACCAUCGCCGACUCGCAGGAUGCCAAGUACGGUCACUCUUCCUUCUUGCACGAACCGCAGGCCACUCCGAGGGACCCCACUGCAGCCUGUAAACCAUCAGGGAAAUCCGUCCCAGAAAACUUGAGAAGCUGAGCAGCAUUCCGCCAUGCGGGCUGAGGUUCUCACGGUGUCCUGGUCACACACGUCACACUCGUCUUGAUUUGUGUUAGCUUCAGGCAUCCAGGCUUUCCUCACUCUUGCCAAAGAGCAGAGGGGACAAAGUAACAUCGCACACAUGAAGGAGACCCAGAACGGGCUUAGGCGACCUGGAGACUCAGCCAGGAGACAGCACUGACCCUUAAGCCCUGUCUGUGGGAAGAUAUGGAUACACAGGCUGGGGCUGUGUCUUGGUUGUUAGAGUCUUGCCCACCAUGCACCAUGCCCUAGGUUUCAUCCCCAGCACCCCAUGAAACCAGGCAUGGUAGGACACCCCUAUAAUCCCAUUACUGCAGUUGGAGGCGUUUGGAAGUUUGAAGUCAUUCUCAGCUAUGUAGUGAGUUUUAGACCAGCCUGGUGGAGAGAAGAUAAGUCUGUACAUACAAAAUAUUUUAAUGUGCAGCCUGUGAGAGAAGAGCCAUGGUAAUGUUGCUGCAGCCCAUGUCCCCAGCUCAUUCCUGCCCUCGAGGGAGAAUUCUCAGAUAACAACACAAGUUCUACCUCUGUUCUCACUGUGUGUUUUGUUUUUAAGAUAGUAAUGACCAAGGCUCGUUCUGAGGAACAGUGCUGUGUCUGAAAAGGGUUUUAACAAGAGAAUCGUGGGGGGGUUGGAGGGUGAGGUCCCCCCAAAGUGUCAAGACUUUGAACCUGACCAUUCCAGGUACAGUUGUGUGACAUCAUCAGAGGAAAGCACCGAGUGGCAGUAGUCUGUGUGACCCUCCAUCCUGGCACCUACGGUGGGGAUGUGGGGCCCUCAGUCAGCUUCUAGCAUCGAGCUUCCAUCACUCUGUCAUGAGGAAGGACUCCAGGCAUCGCUGAGCCACGUCUGCUGCUAACAAGACAUUGUUAUGUUUGGGAUUGGGACGAGCUCAUGUCCAUGAGGUUGUGGGUCUGGGGUUUGGGGUGUGGAUCGUUCUACUGAGACACUGUGACCAUCCCCCGCCCUCUCACUCCAGGCUUGUUAGGUGCUGUCUCUCCAUCCGGUGAGAGGAAGGUCAUGUCAGUAUUGGGAUACCCUCGGGGGCCCUCUCCAGGAGCCAUGUUGGAGUAGUGGGUCUGUUGACAAAGCCUCACAGAUGUUUGCACGCAUCCCUUCCUGCAGGGCGAGUACUCCCUCCUGUCCAUAAAAUACUGCUCCCUCUUCUCCAGCUCUCCCAUAUGUGCCACAACACAGGUGUUAGCACAGGAUAGCUCAAUGCAGCACAAGACCAGGGCUCUGGGUUCAAACCAGGCACUUUAACUGGUGCCCGUAAAGAAGACAGUGACGGCAGAAUGCCAGGAGGGAGGAGGGGCCUGGUUUGGUGAUUGGCAGACUAGGAUGUGCCGCCCUGUGAGCUGAGCAUGACUUCUCCUCUGAUUUAUUUGUUUCUGCUGUGGAAAUGGUUUAUUGGGGGUUUGGGUUUUUUGAGAUUUUUUUUCUGCGUACCCCUCGGUGUCCUGGAACUCACUCUGCAGACCAGGUUCACCUAUAACUUACAGAGAUCCACCCACCUCUGCCUCCCAGAGUGCCCCUCCUAGGGUUAAAGACGCGCACCACCAUCACCUGGCUAGCUUUUUUUUUUUUUUUUAAUUUUUUAAAUUUCAGAUAAGAUUUUACUAUGUAGAUUUGGCUGUCAUGGCACUUUGGAACUUGCUAUGUAGACUGUAAGUCUCAAACUCAGCAAAGCUCUCCUGCCUCUGCCUCUCGAGUUUAUCUUUUUUUUUUUUUUUUUUUUUUUUUUUGGUAGAAUCCAAUUGUGCAACCCAAACUGGCCUCAGACUCCAAAAUGCCAAGAUUACAGGUCUGAUCCCAUCCCUCCCCAGGUUUGGUUUUUACAUUUUGAAGUGUUUGUCAAGAGACAGAUGAAGCUGGUGGCAGUGGCAUGGACUUGUGAUCUUGCAUCAGGAGACUGAGGCAGGUCCUUCAUGAGUGAAAGGCCAACCUGGACCACAAAGUGACCCUACCUCAAAAAUAGUAGCUCCGACAGGAACGAUAUCACCUGACGCAGGCAUCUCCUCAGGCCCUCCAGCUCGCUGGCUGGUCAUGUGAUUCCUCAGGACUACGUGUGGUACUGCGGGGAGACAUAUUGGAAGGCUUCCUUUGCUUCUUGGAUGUCACAGACCAGAUACUUCCUCCUCAUGCCCCAAACUAUGCCAGCCUUUCCCGUUACAACUUGUGCAGAUGGAGUCCCUGUGGCCAUGACCACAGCUCUGUCCUACAGUUGGUUGGUUCAGCCAGCCAGCUAAGCAAGACCACAAAGCCUUCAAGGACUGCCCAUGCCCCGAAAGUGGAUGGAUUGGAGUUAGUGCGGCUCCCAAAACGCCCAUCAGGCUAGUCCUCUCCUCAUCAGUGCAGGGUCUUCGUGAACCUCUAUCUCAGAGAUUCUCCCUGGCAGAAUCUAAAAAAAAAAAAAAGGCAUGUAUGUUGUUUUAUAGGUAUUUGUUUUCCUACCAAUGCCAAUGGUAAGCACCUUAAAAAGUGAUUAUCCACUACUUAUUCCUGAGACCCUGUAGGCUUCUCCACACUCCUCCAGCCAACAAAAGCAAACUUUGAAAAAGACCAACUUUAACAGAUGUCGCCAAAGUUUAAUUUCACGUGGUGGAUCAAUUUUUAUGUCAGCGUAAUUCCUUAGCUUUGGUAACGAUAGAUUUCCACCGGAUCUCUAACCCCGUCUGUAAGGGUGGCAGGAUUUGGAAAACCACAAUUUGUCCUUUUCUGUUCAAAGAGUGAGAACAGGAGGAUGAUCAACUCAAAUGGGCCUUUGACUUCAGGCAAACCGAUCUCUUUUAGAAGCACAGGCAUAUCAGCCAGCAGGGCGCAGCCGCCCUGUGUCAUCCUCCUCCCCAAGUCACCAGAAUGAGACCCUGGCUUGAUGACUUUUGCUUUGGUGGAGGGUCCGAGCUAUCUGUUGUCACGUUGGUUUGGCAUCUAAUCUAAAGGGUUCUGUGGAAUUAUCCUGCCAAACCAGGCUCACCUCAGCAGUGACAACUGCACUUGUCUUAUGAAAAGUUUGUUCCAGCCAGGCUUGGUGGCACACACCUUUAACCUCUGCAGAGGCAGGUGGAUUACUGAGUCCAGGGCUACAUAGACCCUGACCAAAAACGUUUGCUUUGUGAGCUACUCAUCCAUGCCUGGCUAAUGCUCUGUGUAUAAUCUUAGCAAAUUAUGUACACACAAAAAAGGCACAUGGGGCAAGCAGAGGGAUUUGUGCUGCGUAAGCCACUGCUGAAUUGAAUUGUCUUCAUUGAAUGAAGAGCUUUCCCCCUAGCUGGAUGCCCUAGGUUCUCAGCUACUCUCCUUGUUUCUGCUCACCUGCAUAGCCUCCCAACAGCUUGAACCUUGUGGUGGCCUCGCCUUUCCUCAACCCAGAAGGCUUCUUGAAGUGUAAGGGAGAUGGAUACUAGAUAGAAGAGGAGGUGGGCAGUCGAGGUGCCUGAUUACAUGAGCUAAGAGCAAGGUGUCCUCUGCAUCCCCAACCCUGUUGUCCUCAGUAUAGAGACCCCUGCCAAUCACACACAGCACGUCCCUGUGGCUCAGCCAUGCAGGUACUCACAGGUACCUGGAGAGCUGCGCUGCUCUAGCAGAAUAUCCAGCCCUGCUAAUCUAAAGCCCUUCCUUCUGUCCCAUAGAAGCCCAGAGGGUGCUGCAGGAUGGAGCCAAGUUUGGCACAUACAACCCCAUCAGGGUAAAUACAUUACCUGUGGCAUGGCACAGAAUCACCUGACCUGGUUCCCAUCCCGAGUUCCUGCUGAUGAUAAAGACCAAUGAAGGUCGUUGAUGUUUCCCUGUCCAAAGCCCCUUGUUUUGUUAUUGUUGGGUGUGAGAGUCCACUCUGCAUGCAUGUAUGUACAUAAGUUUUUGUGUGUAUACCUUGUAUAUUCGUUGUGUGUUUGUGUGUGUGUGUGUGUGUGUGUACCCGAUCAAACCCAGUGUGUGGCAUUUCUCUCAUCACAUACUGUGUCCUCUAGCUAUGCAGUAAGUCACCCUAGACUCACCUGCAGUGAUGCCAUCAGGGGCCAUCUGGAGAAGGGUGACCACCUUGUCUUUCCCUUUUACAGUAGACACCACCGUCCCUCCAGUCCCUGUCUUUGGCAGGAGUCCUAACUGUGCAGCCUCUGCUGCCCUGGCUGUUGGCUAUGAGAAGAUAGCUGCCUCCUCUACACUGUAAUUAUUGUUUUACAAUCGAGUGCCUUAAUAAUCGUUUACAAAUACUGUGUAUUUAUGCGCAACUGUUCAGCUCUCAUCUGUUGUGGCUGGGUACUCUGUCUUGUCCUGGUGGUUGAGAUUAGGACUUGAGUUUCUCUCCCCGUUAUGUUUAUUCUGCUGUGCAGUUGACAUUUGUGGUUUGUGACUACAGAGCCUGCCAGAAACGGCACUGUUGAGCUCCUGCAGGCCAGGUUGGCAUCAGCAAACACCACAGCCCAUGGUAGCCAAUGAAGGUGUGAUUUGGUUUACCAGGCAUCUGGGAGGUGGUGCAGGCCCUGCAUCCCUGACCCACAGCCUGGUACCUCCCCCUAACCCCUCACAGUUGAGCUCUGGAUUGUAGAAGUUUGUAAUCCCUAGUCCCCUUCACACCCCUGUUCUCCUGUCCAUAUCCUCAGCUCCUUGCAGCAGAUUGUGGGUGCAGCUCACUCCAGAGGAGCCACACCAGACCACGUCCUUCACCGUCAGAGGCUGCCACCGGCCCCAUGCGUCACAUCACAACUUUGAUUUUUCUAUUGUUUUUAUAUAUUUAAGAGGCAGUAUCUUUUGUACUGUGAAUUUGCAGUAGAAGCAUAGUGCACUUUUUUUUACUUCUGUUGGUGUGUACUGUAUAUAGUCUGCGUGCUUCUUGUGAUGAAAUAAA